CGGCUGUACGGGAAGACGGAUCUUUCUUCCACAGCCUGUCGGAGGUCCCCUUUCGGCUUGCCACCAUGAGUAGCGAAUUCUUGGCGGAGCUGCACUGGGACGAUGGGUUUGCUAUCCCGGUGGCAAAUGAGGAGAACAAGAUACUGGAAGAUCAAUUGUCAAAGCUGCAAGAGGAAAGGUCGAGCUUGCAAGACCAGCUACGUGACUAUGAAGAUCGAAUUAAUGCUAUGACUUCUCACUUGAAAAAUGUUAAGCAAGAGUUUUCAUUUACACAGUCUCUUUGUAAAGCUAGGGAGCAUGAGAUUGAAAGUGAAGAGCAUUUUAAGAUCAUUGCUGAAAGAGAACUGGGACGAGUGAAGGAUGAAAUCCAACGACUGGAAAAUGAAAUGGCUUCAAUACGGGAAAAGAAAAGUGAUAAGGAAAACAACAUAUUUAAAACUACUCAAAAAUUGGAUGGUUUGAAAUGUCAGAUGAACUGGGACCAGCAAGCAUUGGAAGCCUGGUUAGAAGAAUCAGCUCAUAAAGAUAGUGAUGCCCUCACUCUUCAGAAGUAUGCACAACAAGAUGAUAAUAAAAUUAGGGUAUUGACCCUGCAAUUAGAAAGACUGACUUUGGAAUGUCAUCAGAGAAGAAAGGUACUUGACAACGAACUUACAGAGACUCUAAGUGCACAGUUAGAAUUGGAUAAAGCGGCACAAGAUUUUCGUAAGAUUCAUAAUGAAAGACAAGAACUCAUUAAACAGUGGGAGAACACAAUAGAGCAGAUGCAGAAGAGAGAUCGAGACAUUGAUAACGGUGCCUUGGCAUUAACGAGGAUAAAGCAGGAAAUACGAGAAAAAGAAAAUUUGGUUAAAGAAAAGAUCAAGUUUUUGGAAAGUGAGAUUGGGAAUAACACAGAAUAUGAGAAAAGAAUUUCUGUUGCUGAUCGUAAACUUUUAAAAUGUAGAAUGGAGUAUCAGCGUCAUGAAGCAAACAGAAGUCAGCUGAAAGAUGAGCUGGAUUCUUUAAAAGCCACUGUGAAUAGAAGUUCCAGUGAUUUAGAAGCUAUAAGGAGAAAUAUUUCCAAAGUAAAGAAGGACAUUCAUGAAGAAACAGCAAGGUUACAGAAAAUUAAAAAUCAUAAUCAGAUUGUGAGAAAAAAAUUAAAGCAGAUAACUGAGAAAACAAUGUCUGUAGAAGAGAAAGCUACCAAUUUGGAAGAUAUGCUAAAGGAGGAGGAAAAAAAUGUAAAGGAAGUGGAAGUUCAGCUGAACAUAGUGAAAGAGGUACUAUUUAAGAAAGUUCAGGAAUUACAGACUGAGACAAUGAAAGAAAAAGCUGUUGUAUCAGAAAUCGAAGGAACUCGGUCCUCUCUAAAGCACCUCAACCAUCAGUUACAUAAACUGGAUUUUGAAACCUUGAAGCAGCAAGAAAUUAUGUACAGUCAGGAUUUUUACAUUCAACAAGUGGAACGCCGAAUGUCACGGUUAAAAGGAGAAAUUAAUUCAGAAGAAAAACAAGCCCUUGAAACAAAAAUUGUUGAGCUUAAAAAGAUGUUGGAAGAGAAAAAAUCUACAUUUGGCCUUUUGGAAACACAGAUCAAGAAACUUCAUAAUGAUCUUUACUUUAUCAAGAAGUCAAAUAGUAAAAAUUGUGAUGAAAAACAGUUCCUCAUGACCAAAAUAAAUGAACUAAACCUUUUCAAUGACAGAUCAGAGAAAGAACUUAAUAAAACCAGAGCUUUGAAACAGGAUUUGAUGAUAGAAGAUAAUCUUUUAAAACUUGAGGUUAAACGUACUCGAGAAAUGCUUCACAGUAAGGCAGAAGAAGUACUUUCUCUGGAAAAAAGAAAACAGCAGUUACACACGGCUAUGGAAGAACGAAUCGAAGAAAUUAAGGUUCACAAAACAAUGCUUGCAUCACAAAUAAGAUAUGUUGAUCAAGAACGGCAGAACAUAAGUGCUGAGUUUCAUGAGAGGCUAAGUAAAAUUGAUAAGCUGAAGAACAGAUAUGAAAUUCUUACUGUUGUUAUGCUGCCUCCUGAAGGAGAAGAGGAGAAAACACAGGCCUAUUAUGUGAUAAAGGCCGCUCAAGAAAAAGAAGAACUUCAAAGGGAAGGUGACAGUUUGGACGCUAAGAUCAACAAAGCUGAAAAAGAAAUCUAUGCUUUAGAAAACACCUUGCAAGUGCUGAGAAACUGCAACAACAAUUACAAACAAUCUUUUAAAAAAGUCACUCCAUCCAGUGAUGAGUAUGAACAAAAAAUCCAACUAGAAGAACAAAAAAGAGCUAUUGAUGAAAAAUACAGAUAUAAACAAAGACAAAUCAGGGAACUACAGGAAGAUAUCCAGAGCAUGGAAAAUACUUUAGAAGUUAUAGAACAUUUAACAAAUAGUGUCAAAGAAAAAUUAUCAGAGAAGCAGGCUUAUUCAUCUCAACUAAAUAGAGAAACUGAGGAACAGAAGCCAAAAUUAGAGAGAGUAACUAAACAGUGUGCAAAACUCACCAAGGAAAUCCGACUUCUGAAAGACACAAAAGAUGAAACACUAGAAGAACAAGACAUCAGACUUCGUGAAGUAAAACAUUUCCACAAGAUCAUUGAUGAAAUGCUAGUUGAUGUCAUGGAAGAAAAUGCUGAGAUCCGUAUUAUCCUUCAAACAUACUUUCAACAGAAUGGUUUAGAACUACCUACAGCUGGUCCAAAAGGCAGUCGCCAGAGUUCUAGAUCUCCUUCACAGACUUCACUGUUAUCAACAAGGUCAUCGAGAAGUACCACAAGUACUGCCUCUCAGACUUCAAUUAAAGUAUUAGAGCUGAACUUCCCUGCCUCUUCAGUGACUGGCAACAUUUCUAGGCCACCAAGUGCAACCAGUAGCUCCAAUAAUGAUAAAAACAAAAAGGGCAGCAAAUAAACAUUUCAACCUCUUUUGUAUAAGUUGUAAACACAAAAGCAAAAAUCUUACUUUUAAGAUAGUGAAUUCCACCCUACACUUUUGGGUGCUGUGUAGUGAUGAGGCGCCCACGGAGAUCGUGUUAGAAAUAUGCAAUAACUAGAUGAAAGUUUACUUAGUGGAAAAUGUGAAACAGUUAAAAAAGUCAAGCAAUUUAGGUUCAUAUAAGACAAAGAAAUGCUUAAUUUCCUUAGCCUUUGCCAUACUGUUUUCUUUACAGAAAAGGAAAGCAGUAAUCGCAGAUUCUUUAACAAGGCUACGUUUUAUAAGCAGAGAAAAUGAUGUUUUUCACUGUUAUUUUGAUGUUUGUUAGAUUAGAAAACACUUUGCUUCAGUUAUUUCACGCUAGCCAUGAAACAACUUCAGUUCUAAUGUGACACAGUGUUUCUGGAAAUUUCUGAAGAUUUGCUGUCCUGUGAAUAGUUUGUAAUACUAAAAUUCUCAUUUACCCUAGAAAAUCCUAAAAUUAGGUUUGCUUUAGUCAGAGAAACAUGUUUCUUGGGCUUUUGGGGGAGAAGUCUUUUUGUUUCUUCUUUUGGUAGGAUUCUAAAGUUUUUAACCCAAAAAUAGCAUUUAUUCCCUCCCCCCAAAAAACAAUAGGAAAGAGCACUGCAUAUUAAUAAAAAUGCAGCUUAAAUUUCUAGGAAUUACUUAACUCUGAUCUUGAAAGAAGUCAAACAUAUUAUUUUGUUAAGAUACAGCCAAGCAUAAAGAGUAAGAAUGUACUUUCAACCUUCCUUCCCCAAGACGUUCUUGUAGUAGACAAAGAACUGGGUGUAAUUUGAUUUGCAACAGGAAUCCCAUAAAUUUACAGUGGAGGUAGACCACUAGAGUUAGAAUGUUACUUCAUUUAAUAUACUAUAAAACAUGAGCCCAAUAUUUUCAACUCUUGGAGAGUGUGGAGUAUGAUUAUAAAACUGGCUUUUAAAUAAAUCCUUAGCUAUAUAUACUUAGAAAAUAUAUACUUAACUAUUUCUCCUUCAACCCUCGAAAGAAUUUG